CCUGAAUUCUUUUUUAUUCUUGUCAUAUACCUAUCUAAUUAUCAGAAAUUGAGUUUCUGAAAACAAGUGGUACCACUUUUUACUUAAGACAAUGUAUAUCAUUUGACCCAUCAAGGUCUUCUAGUUUCGAGGCGGAAAUUCAAUAGACAAACUUGAUGUGGUCGCCAGAGCAUGAUGUCGGUCUUGAGGAAAGUUUAACGGAGCAUGAAUUGUCAGUUCUACAACAGUUCUAUGAAAGGAUGCUUAAAUGCCCCCUUGAAGAAUGCAAAUCUAAGCGUUAUCUUGUACGUUGGCUACGUGCGCGCAAUUGGGAUAUUGAUGAGGCAGAAACAAUGUUGUGUAAUCACGUGAAGUGGAGAAGUGUUAAUCAGGUUGAUACAAUUUGUGACACUUACAAAGUUCCAGAAGUGGUACAAAAAUACUUUCCUGGUGGAUUUUGUGGAGAAGACAAAGAUGGCUACCCACUGUAUUGUGCACCUGUUGGUCGAUUCGAUCCGAGUGGUUUCAUGAAGGCUACUACACAAACUGAAUUCAUCCAGAGUAGAAUUUAUUUCCUAGAGUAUAUUAUACACAAGAUUUUAUAUGAAAAGUCAAAACAAUACAACAAAUGCAUUGAUCAGUUGACGCUUAUAUUAGAUAUGAAAGGAUUAAGCUUAAGGCAUAUGCAUCCAUCUUGGAUUCCUGUAUUUUCAGAAAUGAUGACAGUACUUGAGGCAAAUUAUCCUGAAGUUUUACGGAUUUGUUAUGUGAUAAAUGCUCCACCGAUAUUUGGAACUAUAUUCAACUUCUUCAAACCUCUUUUGAGCAAAACUACACAGGAGAAAAUUCAUGUUUUAAAAUCAGACUAUCGAACUGCCCUACUGCAAGUUUUCGAUCCUACUGGCUUACCAGCAUGCUAUGGUGGUAAAAUUACUGAUCCUAAUGGUGAUCCACAGUGUCCAUCAAGAAUUUCCUGGGGUGGUUCUGUACCCUCUUCUUAUUUUCGUAAAAAGCUAUCCGAUGAUAAGCUAAGCAUAACAAAACAGUGUGAAACAUCCGAUGAAGUGAAACGUGUUACCAACUGUGGUCGGGUUAUGCAUAUGAUUGAAGUUGGUGCAGCUUCACGUAAAGAUAUUUACAUUGGGCAGGUUUCAGUUCAUGAUCAGAUUAAUUGGUGGGUUUCAUGUGAAGCGAAUGACAUUGCAGUCGGUGUAUUCAUGAAAAAAUCUAAUAGCAAAGAAGUUACAACUGAUUCAACAUCAAGUGGAGAUCAAUUAGCUGAAAUUGUUCCAGUAAAGCGUAUCUCAUCCAAUGAUAAUAUUGUUCAAGGAGUACUACAAGUUCAGACAGCAGGGAUAUACAUUCUUUCUUUGGAUAAUACUUAUAGUUGGACAAAAUCAAAACGUUUGUGGUAUGAUUUUACUGUAACCACCAAUAAUGGGGCAAUAGUGGAUAAGAAUAACAAUAAUUCUAUUCCAUCUGUGCCUUCAUUAGAAGAUGCUGAAGCAGCAGCAGGUGAAGAAGAAGAAGAUGCUUUCAAUGAAACAGCACACCGGCAAGCCAGUGAUGCCUUCAUGAAUGAUAUAACUGUCCUACCAAUACCAAAAGAAAAUUAUUAUGCUUGUCGAAUGGAGACAGGCGGUAGUAUGGAUUUAAAUGUUAGUAUUCUAUUCAGAUUUCUUGUACAAAUAUUUAUUCUACCAAGAAUUAAACGUUUCAGUUGAUCUAUGUAAAGAGUUAAAACAAAAAGCAAAAGACAACAGGCAAACAAGAAGAAGAAGAAGAAGAAGGAAAAAGCUGUGGUGAUUAUUAUCCAGUCAGUCAAUCAGUCAGCUAGAGAGUUGAGUGAAUGAGUUGUUGUCAAAUCACUACCAUUAAUAAGAGUCUUUCAAUAUCCUGUAAUUUCCAAUAUUCCAUUCUAUUCUUUUGUUACUUUGUACAAUACACACUUGAAGAUAUAUACAUGCAUAUACUUACACACACACACACACGCACACACACACACACACACGCGUAUAUACACACAUUGAAACAAGCAAAUGUACUAAAAGUGCACGAAUUUUGACAGUGCUCAUUUCUUUUGUUUGGUGCAUUCUUCUUUGUUUUUUGUUUUUCGUUUUGUAAUAUCUCGGUUAAUAAUUUAUCUAUAUGUAUGGUUGUUGCCUCUUGGUGCUUUGUGAACGAUGAAAGCUUCCGCUUUAUUUCUACACACACAUUGACCACCUCCCCCUGCUCAUAACUGACUAAUGAGUAAAUGUCCCUUUCUUUCUUUCUUUGUUUCUUUGUUUUGCACGAGAGUGCAAACCGUGUAAAAUGUUGACAAUACAGCUUAUAUAUGUGCCUUAUUAUUAUUAUUAUCAUUAUUAUUACUAUUAUUAUUAUUAUUUGUGAGAACUAAGUAAGUGCCUGUAUCACUAUUUUGUUUAUUUUCAGCACUAACCGAAACAGAACAAAUACUGUUUCUUCGAUUAUAUAUAUUACUGAAAAUACAUAUUUUUUGUUGUUGACACUAUUCCACCACGGUUGUUUGUUUUCCUUUUUUGGUUUUUUCUUUUUUUCCAACUCUUAAAAAGCGCUCGUGGAUGGAAUGCUUCAGUUGUUUCUUCUUUUUUUUCUUUCUAAAAAACCGAACAAAACAAAAGAAUAUAUAUAUAAUGAUAUACUGU